CCCGGGGCUCCCAGGACCUAUCUCUACACCCAGGCUCCUGUCUGUACGGUUCUGCAGCCCGGCUGCCUUAUGUGCACUCCGCAGCUGCACCUGCUGCUGCUGCUGCUGCUGGUGAUCCUGAUGCUUUCUGACGCCGCCCGGCCGCAGCCCUCCUCCAGAGCCCGGGCUCUGCCCACCUCCUGGGGCUUGGGGCCAGUGACGCCCGAAGUGCCAACUGCAGCUCUCCCUGACUGGUCUGAGAGUCCUACUCCCUGGACGCUAUCGCUGCCCGAGAACGCGACCACCGACCCCUCCCCAGCCUUACCCAUCUGUGUCUGUGACUUGACUCCUGGGACCUGCGAUUUAAACUGCUGCUGUGACAAGGACUGCGAUCUUUUCAAUCCCAGAACAGUCUUUUCCUUCUGCCUUCCUGGUAGUGUAAGAUCUUCAAGUUGGGCAUGUGUGGACAACUCUCUUAUCUUCCGGAGCAACUCCCCAUUUCCUUCCAGAGUUUUCACGGACUCCCGUGGAAUUGCACAGUUUUGUGUCCGCAUGAACAACUCAAAAUCAAACUAUUUCCAGAAGCUCCAAACAGUCAAUGCGACCAACUUCCAGGCCCUGGCUGCAGAGUUUGGCGGCCACUCCUUCACUUUGACACCGAAAACCCAAUCGAGAGUACUAUUCUAUAGGGCGGGGGAUCCCAUCCUCAUCUACUACCCGAGCUGGUCUGUAGUGAGCUUACUGAGGCAGCCUGCGGCGGCGGGAGCUGGGGGACUUUGUGCCGAGAGCAACCCUGCAGGUUUCCUAGAGAGUAAAAGCACCACGUGUCCUCGUUUCUUCAAGGACCUAGCCAGUAGCUGCACUUCGGAGCCAGCCCUGGACCCCGCCUCUUACUAUAACUUCAGAGUCUUGAAGGUUCCAAGAGGUAUGACUGAUCUUCAGAAUACGAAGUUCCAGGUUCCUGUAACACUUGCCUCAGAAAUAAGCCCUCCUCUGUUGGCCGGAAAUAUGUGUCAGAAUGUCGUGUCCCAGGUUCUCUACGAGAUCGAGACCAAUGGGACCUUCGGGAUCCAGAAAGUCUCUGUCAGCUUCAGACAGACCAACCUGACCGUCAGGCCAGGGGCUUCCAUGCAGCAGGGCUUCAUCGUUCGCUUCAGGGCAUUUCAACAGAGAAAGGCUGCUCUUCCUGCUACUCCGAGAAGUGGGAAUCCUGGCUACCUCAUUGGGAAGCCACUCUUGGUGCUAACUGGUGACUUAGGUCACUCUAUGACCCUGUUGCAGAGUGAGGGUAAUGGGCUUUGUUCUGUGAAGAGACACAAAGUACAGUUUGGAGUGAACGCAUUAUCCGGGUGCCAGUUAAGACCCAAAGAGGUGACCUGCAGCCACUUGCAGAAGGAGAUAUACGAGACUCUUCAUGGAAGGCCCAGACCAGAACUUGUUGCCAUCUUUGGUAAUGCUGACCCAGCCCAGAGAGGAGGGUGGACCAGGAUCUUCAGCAGGAACUGCAGCAUUUCAACAGUAAACUGCACGUCCUGCUGUUUGAUCCCAGUGUCCCUGGAGAUCCAGGUGUUGUGGGCGCAUAUAGGACUUCAGUCCAACCCUCAGGCUCAUGUGGCAGGAGCCCGAUUCCUGUACCAGUGCGAGUCUGUACAGGAGCACCAGAGAGGAGCAGAAGUGUCUUUGACGACUCUUGUGAACUUUGUGGACAUUACUCAGAAGCCAGAGCCCCCAAGGGACCAACCUAGAACAGACUGGAAACUGCCAUUUGAUUUCUUCUUUCCCUUCAAAGCAGCACUCAGCAGUGGGGCCAGUGUUCAGAAAGACUCAGCCUCUCCCGUCCCCAUCCUGUGUGUCUUUCUACUUGGACUUCUCAACUCACAGGCCUAGUGAAGAAAGAAAAUAAUCAGGUUUCAUUUUUCCCUAUGGGAAACUAAAGACAGCCUACUUAUCUUGGCUAAACAGGUCCUCGCUUACUCGUGAUGACAGGAGGGAAUUUAGGAAAACAGAACCUAACAAAAGGAUGUUUUUUUCCUUCCUUUUUCUCAUUAUGUAGCCUUGGAUGGCCCAGAACUCCAAAUGUAGACCAGGCUGGCCUCAGACGCGGAGAUUUCCCCUUGCCUACCUCCGAAGUGCUAGGAUUAAAGGCAAGUGCCAUCCCGCCCAGCCAGGAAUCUUUAUAAAUUGAAGAUAGUACUCUAGAACAGCAAUGGCAAUAUUCCAUCAUCAUAGCUCUCCUCUUGGGGCUCCUCGGACCUCCAGGUACACACUGGGUUCUCUGCUUCUAAUGCCGGCCAAGGGCCUCCAUCUCUUCACGUUGCAUUUUUCCUCUCUAAUAAAUGUUUGCAGGAUCUGUCACUCACAGGCACAUGCUCCUGCCAUCACCCAGAGUGAACUCAGAGCGGCUGGCCCUGCAUUAGUGCUGACAACUCAAGCCCGGAAACUGCUGGCUCUGUAUUUUGUCUGGCUCUUUUGCCAGAGUAUAGCCACACCCUUUGCCCAGACCUGAGUCAGGAAAGUAGUUCUUUCUGCUCAUUUUCUAAAGUGAAUGGUGUCCCAUCUCCCUUUCUCAUUAGCAAAUGACCCACCAGUCCUUUCUGUCCCUACUUUGUGGUGUGGGCUACUCGAAGUGACUGAGACCUCUCUUGUGUUAAGUCCAGUAGCAAGGCAGAAGUUGACACCCGUGAUACACACCCCGAGUAUUUUUACGGGUAUAAGGUUUAAAGGGUAGUGGGGGGGGGGGCUCAUAAACUAUACAGUAGUAUUUGAAUCAGGUGACUUGGCUUCUUUUCUUGGGAAAUACUCUCCUUUAGUCCAAUUUUAUGCCCGUGACUUCUGUUUGAAGUCUGUUUCUUUAAGGAAAAGGCUUUGGUAGCUCACACAGAAAUGGAGUACACAGAGACUUCUUGAGCCAAGUUCUUCUUGAAUGGAAACAGAAUAGUUGAGAAUUACAGUAGAAAACUUAAAACUUAAAGACUCAUGCUGUCCUUUUAAUUAAGGCAAGGUUUUGAUGGAAGAAAUGACAUUAAGUCUAAUUAUUUUAAACAUCAAGCUUUGGAAUGAGACAAUGAAUAUUAAGAGUUAAGAUGCAAAAGAAUAGCUCCAGUGAAGCCGUGUGAAACGUGCACUUCUCAGGCACCACCCCUCUGGGCGACGUGUGCCGCUGGAGCCAGACAGUCAAUGUGGCUUACAUUCUUGCUGUGUGAGCUUCAUAAUCAGGUUGGCACAUAGAUCAGAAAUCCGCUGGCCCAGGAAAGUGAAUGGGAGGGGGAGGGACCUGAGAACCUGGGACAACCUGAGGGGACGCCCAGGCAUUUCUGUGGAUUAAAGUGACCACAGGAAAAAAUGGAUUAAAGAGCGAUGGGAGUUCUCAUUCUUUAACUUUUUUUUUAAAGAUGUAUUCAUUUAUUUAUUAUAUGUAAGUACACUGUAUCUAUCUUCAGACACACCAGAAGAGGGCAUCAGAUCUCAUUACAGAUGGUUGUGAGCCACCAUGUGGUUGCUGGGAUUUGAACUCAGGACCUUCGGAAGAGCAGUCAGUGCUCUUAACCACUGAACCAUCUCUCCAGCGAUGGGAGUUCUCUUUGUGGGAAUUUGGAAGCCAGGCAGAGAGGGUUGCAAGUUAUCAGUGCUCUGAAACCCAAAUUGUUUGUUUGUUUUGCUUUUUGAGACAGAGUUUCUCUGUGUAGCCCUGGCUGUCCUGGAACUUCAUUUGUAGAACAGGCUGGCCUUGAACUUAUGGAGAUCUGCUUGCCUCUACCUCCCAAAUAUUGGGAUUAAAAGCAUGUACCACCACCACCCAGCUCUCAAACUGCCUUUUAAUGAAACAGUCACAAUCCUGCCUCAGGAGCAGAAGGAAAUGCUGGCGGAUGUAUACCGUCUCCAGCAGCUUUGCCCUUUUGUUCCUUUCCAGAGUCCCUAGCAAGCAGCCAGUUUCUCUGAAAAGGGCAAAGUUCUUGCAUCAGUUCCUGCCAAGCCAGAAGCUCUCCUGCACAGGGCCAUCAGGAUCACAGGAAGCUGGCAGCACAGUCCUCAACAGAGUCUGUUACACACACAGAUGCUGUCUAGCUAAGCAGCCUUGGCUCCCAGUCCCAGUCACUCUGGCCACUAGGUGACAGGAGACAUAGGGCCUUCAAGUUUGGACUUAGCGGCUAAUAACCCUGUGAGACAAUAUAUCCUAAGUUGCAGGCUAGCUGACACCCAGUCCACUUGGAGCCAACUACAAGCUCUUUUCUACAAGCUCUUUCCAGAGUCUGUCGCUUUCCUUCUGUUCUCCUUUGUGCAGACACUUACUCCCACUGAGGCUAUGAAACUAUUCUGUCUUUAAAUUUUCUGUCUAAAAUGCAGCCCUCUAAAAUCUUCUUUUAGAAGUAUUUUGUUUGUGUGUCUGAGGUUUGUUGUUGUUUAUUGCUUACUCGUACAUCUCUGUGUGAUGGUUGUGAACCACUAUUGGGAGCUGGGAUUGAACCUGGGCCCUCUAUAAGACAAGUGCUUUUGUUGUUGUUUUCUUUUCUUUUCUUUUCUUUUCUUUUCUUUUCUUUUCUUUUCUUUUCUUUUCUUUUCUUUUAUUUUAUUUUAUUUUAUUUUAUUUUAUUUUGAGACAGGGUUUCUCUGUAUAGCCCUAGCUGUCCUAGAACUCACUCUGUAGACCAGGCUGGCCUCGAACUCAGAAACCCUCCUGCCUCUGCCUCCCAAGUGCUGGGAUUAAAGGCAUGUUCCACCACUGCUCAGCUAAGAACAAGUGCUCUUAACCACUGAGCUAUCUCUCCAGUCCCUAAAAGACAGCUUUUUAAAGUGCACACAAUUUAGCACUGAGGAAAUGGUUUUAUUGGUAAAGUGUUUGCCAUUCAAAUAUAGAGACAGGUACCUAGAUUCCCAGAAUUCAGCGUGUGUGUGUGUGUAUGUGUGUGUGUGUGUGUAUGUGUGUGUCCAUACAUGUAUGCAUACAUGAGUGCAGGUACCAGCAGAGGCCAGAAGAGGGUGUUUGAUCCCCUGGAGCUGGGUGGAUGUGAACUUCUAACAUGGGUGUUGGGAACUGGACUUGGGUUCUCUGGAAGAAUAGCAAGUGCUCUUAUGCACUGAGCCAUCUCUCCAGCCCCCUCAGGACCUAUUUGUAAAUGAUAAAAACAAACUACAAAAUA